CAUACUCACUGACUACAUUGCAACAAGGACUGAUAAGAGGUACGUUAAACCAAGUUGAACUGAUCAUUUCAACCAUUUUGAGGAAACAACAAAGACAUAUCUUGAUCAAGAUGGUGAAAUUCAUUCUCAGCCUCGCUCGACACGGAGAGAGCACAUUCAACCAAGCAAAACUUGUACAAGGACAAACUGACUCACCCCUAUCGGGAGAUGGCGUCCUUCAAGCGGAGAGUUUGGGCCAUCGUUUAGCCAAUGAGAAGAUUGAUUAUGUUUACACGAGCGACCUCCUGAGAGCAGCACAGACAACCGAGCUCAUUCUCAAAUCUUUAAGGACGCCCCCACUCGAUGUUGUAAAGGAAGUUGACUUGAGAGAGCGGAGCUUUGGUGAUAAAGAGGGCAUCAAGAUCUCUGAGUAUAGAAGCUUUUUGUCUUCGGAAGGCCUGACAUUCCGUUCCCAUGUUCCACUGGGCGGUGAAUCUUUUGAAGAGGCAAGACAACGAGUCGUGAAAGCCUUUUACGACGUCUGCAAGAAGCAGGUUGAGCUCGAGAAGAACGAAACGACGACGACCAAUGACCGCCUCAUCCACGUCCUCGUUGUGGGACACGGUCUGCUGUUCAAAGAACUCUUUUGUUACUUCAUCGAGGAACUCCACGUCGAGAUCCCCGGCGGAAAAGACCGAGUCAUGAAGGACAGCGCGAACAGUAAUCUGUCCAGAUUCGAGGUCGAGUACGCCCCCAACGUUACCCCGAAAAUAGUGUGUAAAUUCAUUUACGAUUACAGUCAUUUGCCUGAAGACAUGCAAAAGGCAUUGCCGAGUAAAGCAUAUUGAAACAUAGUUCUUGUAAAUGUAUGAAUAUCGACCUACAUGUUUUUUCAGAGCAGUACACGCUCAACUUCGGAAAUAUAAUUAUCACAAGAUAGAUUGUGGACUUGUUUGUUUGUUUGCAUUUAUUUCUGCGUUCAAAAACACAAUACAAAAUUAUUUA